AUCCGCACUUUCGCCGACGUCCUCAGGAUCCACUGUGGCUGAUGCACCGCGGUGCGUAGCGAUGCAAGCCGCCCUCCGGCCCGGGGGAACCUGCAGCGGUGCAAACCCUGCGGUGGCCGUCGGGGAGAACUAGAGGAGAGGAGGAGGGUCUGCGGGGCACCUUGUCCAGGAAGAGGCGGCUGUAUAUAAAAGCGACUAUGAGGUGCUGGCGCCUCGGGAGGCUGCUGGAGCUGCGCGCUUUGAGCUGGGAGAGUCGGGCUGCUCUCGCGGGCAAGGCGAGAAGGCAGCAGCCGCGGCCGCCCUCGAGGGACACGCUGGGCUUCCAGGCUGCCGCUCCAGAGACCUGCAGCGCCCACCCGAGGGAGCUGCAAGGGGCGCCGCUGUUGCGCGCGGGGAUCGGCUCCCUAGGCUCCAGCCGCAGAGCGCUUUCUAGCUCCGCUGGGGACAAGGAUGGACGGGACGAGCCUGAGGGACCGCCGGCGGGCUCUGCUGCGGCUCCGCGACCGGCGGCCGCUCGGAGGCGCGCGUGGCACAGGUCGCUCUCUCCCUCGGAGAGGCUGAGCUUGCUGGUGCACGGGGAGCACCUUUCCCCGCACGUCGCAGAGGAAUCCUCCUCCCCUCCUUUCGCCGAGGUGCUUCCCCAUGAGGAACCCCAGAGGGAUCGGGACUCUCCCUCCGAGGAGCUCCGGGACGCGCCUUCCAAAAACGCGCCUUUCCAGGUCGGGGAUCUGUUCCUAGCGGAGAGCCGCCGGAGGCGCGACACCGAGUUCAAGAAGCUGUGUAAACUCACCGCCGCCGGAGUACUGACGAGCACCUGGGGGUCGGUGAAGUACGCCGACAUCGUGGGCAAGCUCCCCGGGCAGAUGUUCCUGACGUCCACGGGCCACGCGUUCCUGAUUCGGAGGCCUUCGCUGGAAGAGUUUGUAUUGCUGAUGGAGAGAGGACCCACCAUCUCGUAUCCCAAGGAUAUUAACGCAAUGCUGCUGCUAAUGGACGUCAGUCAAGGCGACACAGUGCUGGAAGCGGGUUCUGGGUCUGGUGGUAUGAGUUUAUUUCUAUCGCGAGCAGUUGGGCCACAGGGACGUGUUGUAAGUUACGAAGUCCGGAAAGACCACUACAGAGUGGCGAAAAAGAAUUAUAAGAGGUGGUGUGAUGCAUGGAAAAUAAGUCAUCCUUUAGAGUGGCCAGAUAAUGUGGAUUUCAUUAAUGAAGACAUUUUAACAGCAGCUGAGGCUUUGAAAAAUGUAACAUUUGAUGCAAUAGCUUUGGAUAUGCUUGAGCCCCAGAACGUUUUAUCUGUGGUUAUCCCAAAUCUUAAAAUGGGGGGCGUUUGUGCAGUAUACCUUGCAAAUAUCACCCAGGUUAUUGAUCUGGUGGAAGCCAUCCGGACCAGCAAAAUAAACCUUUUUUGUGAAAGGAUAUUUGAGGUGACACACAGAGAUUGGAUAGUACUCCCAGCUUCAUGGAAAAUUGGUGGGAUUUUCCACAAUAUGAAAUCCAAGCAGAACAUGAACAAUGAACCAGCUUGCCAUGAUGAAAAUGAGGAGAUUCCUGCUGAACAGAACAAAGAAGAUGAUGCUCUCAUUUCUGAUGAGACAAAACCACCAUAUAUUGCUAGACCUUACUCUUGGCAAGUGGGGCACACAGCCUUUCUUGUCAAGCUGCGGAAAUAUAACCCGGCAUAUCCAAAUACUACUUCGAAUGGUAUAUGCUAAUUUGAAGAUUGCACUUCACCAGGAUAAAAAUUGUAAAUUAUAUCAUUGUUGUUUAUGCAAUUUAGGAAUCC